AUGUUUAGUCCAAACCACCAUGAAUUGGAUCAAGCUUCUAAAGCCAAAGUUCCCUUCUCAUGGGAACUAAAACCUGGAGUCUCAAGAAAGAAGAACAGAAGUGGCCGUGAUCAGCUACAAUGGACGCUUACGCCACCUCCAUGCCCUCAUGCUGAGUAUAGUUACGAAGUGUUACAGAGUCCUCUCGCUGUCUGUCCUUUCACGCCUUCCAACAUGGUCAAAACCUCGAGGUCCGGUUUGUCAAGUUUUAGGAAGAAAGACGUUGACCCUUUUCUUGAAGCUUACAGAAAAUGUUUAGAGAAUAGUCCUAUUCGCAUCUCUUCUUCCAUGGGAAGAAACGUACGAGUUGGUGAUCAAGAUUGUUACACGACGGGCAACAAGAAGAAGUCUUUUCUUUUAUGGCUUUGGAGUAAGUACUCUUGCAAGUUUCGUACUGAUGGUUGGAGUACGGUCUCUCGAUUCCGUAAAUCCAAGAAGAGAAUUGAUUCCACAAACAUAUUUUGA